AACAUGCUGGAAGAAGAUAACGACGAGACGUGUUGGAGUAACCUGGAGAACUUCCGCGUGAAGCUGAUCUCGGUGAUAGACCCUUCCCGUAUAACGGCCUACCUCCGCCAGUGCAAAGUGAUCAACCACGAUGACGAGGAGCAAGUUCUCAACGACCCCAGCCUGGUCAUGCGCAAACGGAAGGCAGGUGUUCUUCUGGACAUUCUUCAGCGAACGGGACGGAAGGGCUUUGAAGCAUUUAUGGAGAGUCUUGAGCUUUAUUAUCCCCAACUGUAUAAGAAGAUAACUGGCAAGGAGCCCAGCAGGGUUUUCUCUAUGAUUAUAGACACCGCUGGAGAAUCCGGCCUGAGCCAGGUCCUGAUGAAUGAAAUCAUGAAGCUGCAAAGCACCGUGCAGGAGGAGCGGCGGAAGGCCCAGGAGCUCACCGUGUGGCUGCAGAGCAAAGAGAACACGAUCAGGGAGCUGUGGGUGAGGGACAGCCUGCUCCGCAAGCACCAAGAGCGGGCGCAGAAGAUGAAGGAGGAGAGGGACAGCCUGAGCAAGGAGCUGCGGAAGUGCAAGGACGAGAACUACAACCUGGCAAUGAGCUUUGCCAAACAGAGCGAGGAGAAGAGCGCCGCCCUCAUGAAGAACCGGGACCUGAUCCUAGAGAUCGACCACUUGAAGCACAGCCUCAUGAAGGCUGAGGAUGACUGCAAACUGGAGCGUAAGCACACGAUGAAACUGAAGCACGCCAUAGAGCAGCGUCCAAGCCAUGAGGUGAUGUGGGAGAUCCAGCAGGAGAAGGAGUUGCUCUUGGCCAAGAAUCAGGAGCUGGAGAACACUCUCCAGGUUGCCAGGGAACAGAAUUUGGAGAAGAGCCUCUCCAGUGAGACUCUGGAGAAUGACUGUAGCCAGGUACUAGAACGCCAGGAGCUGAUGAACACCAUUUGGAGUCUAGCUCAGGCUCUGCCCGCAAGCAGGGUGCUUCUGACCUUGUCUCAACAGUACGCAGAGGAAAAAGAGAUGCUUGAACUACAGUGCACGUCCCUGAGGAACGACUCCCAGAUGUAUAAAAAACGGAUUGAAGCCGUCCUGCAGCAAAUGGAGGAAGUGGCUUCAGAAAGAGACCAGGCCCUCCUGACCCGGGAACAGUUCUACACGCAGUACUCCAAGAACCUGGUUGAGAGGGACGCUUACCGCAAGCAGAUCCGGGAACUGGGGGAGCGAUGUGACGAAAUGCAACUGCAGCUUUUCCAAAAGGAGAGUCAGCUACUGGCCGUGGAAGCCAAGCUGAAAAGGUUGCAACUGGAGCUACCCACACCGACAUCUGACCUGGACGAUACCUCCUCCAGAGAUUCCCAGGAACUUACUCUUCACGGUCAUCUAGAUGAAGACACACAACCAACGAAAAAAGAUUGCCCUGAAGGACAAAACCAGCAAUUCGGCGCUCGAGAGCGCAGUCUGCCUCCAAAGUCACCCAGUGAGUGUGGUUUAGCCAACGAGGAACUGGCAGAAAAGGAGAGGAGGAGGAUGAAGGACUGCUUUGAGCGUUACCGAAGAAAAAGAGCGAUGCGAAGGCUACCGAAGGACCGACACCACGAGGCCGACUGGGAGAACACCACCGGCAGCGACAACUCCGACACCGAAGGCUCCUGA